AUGAACGAUAACGACACAAAAAAGUUCAGGGAUAUUAGCGACAGAAUUCAGGGGAAAUACGUACCCGUUGUUAAAUUUGGGGGAACGAAUAAAUAUAUCAACAGGAAUUACAAAAAUGACAAUGAUGACACAAGUAAUAUAAGUUUUACGGGGGAUGACUGUAACGCAGGCAAUAUCGAUAUAUAUUAUGAUAAUAAAUAUGGGAUAAAUAGAGUAUGUUUUUCACCACAAGGAAAGUACGUUGCAGGUUGUGGAUCGAACGGUAUUAUUUACGUGUACGAUUUAUAUGAAAAUAAACUCUUAACUAAAAUAUGCACGAAAAUUGAUAAUAUAAAAGAUCUUAUAAUAAGUGAUAAUGAUAAGUACAUAUACGCUUGUGGAGAUAAUAGGAUUAUAGAAAUAUUUGAUAUAUUUGAAAAUAAAAAGGUUUGUAAUGAUAAUAUUGCAAAAUAUGUUGACAUAUCAAUACCUAGAAUAAUUGAAAAUAUAAAUCGUAAACCGAAUGACAGGUUGGAUAGUAAUAAAUAUGAUAACAAUAAUAAUUAUUAUAAUAACAAUUAUAAUAGUACUAAUAACAGGGUGUUUGGACAUCUUAAUAAUUCUGCAAAAAAGAGUAUGAUAGACAAUGUGUAUGCACCUUGUCAUAAAACGAAAUAUAAGGAUUUAACAUAUAACAAAGUAAUAUAUGUUCCUAUAUAUAAUUAUAAUGAUUUAAUAAAAUGUAAUAUAAAUAUGAUAGACUUAAAUCGAAUUAAAUUAAAUAAAAUAAAUGAAAUCAUAAAUAAGUCCAUAUUUAUAAUUAAAGAUUCACAUGAAUAUAGAACGUCUUGUUUGGCAGUACCGAAUAUAAGCACUUUUUUAAUUUACUCCGGAGGAGGAGACGGGUUAUUAAAAAUAUGGGAUAUAAGAAUGAAUUUAUUUACCUUAAAUAAAAACAAUUUUAAUAGAUCUAUGUCAGAUAUUAUAUUUUUAGAUAAUAAAAACCCCUAUGCUUCUAUAUGUUCCCAUGAAGAUAUAUUGACAAGCAUUAAUUUCAAUAAUACAAUUGACUAUGAGGAAAAUGCAUAUAAAUUAAGGAAAGAAGAUAAAUACGAUGAGAUGAAAAAAAAAUUAAGAAAAAAUAAUAUUGCAUCUUUGAAGAACGAUUUAAAAAAAGGUGAAAAAAAAGUAAAUGACGACACAAGUGAAAGUUCAGUGACUGAUGCUAGUAGCAGUAGUUCAUCUUUUGGUUCCAUGUGUUCAUCGAUAUCUUAUUCUUCCUUUACUUUUAAUUUGUCAAAAACUAAAUUCAAUAAUAUUCUAAUGACAAGUGGAUAUGACGGUUAUAUUCGUAUAUAUGAUAUAAAUAAUAAUAUUAUAAAAUCGUUUUAUGAUGAAGAAAAAAGUAUCACACAUUGUAUGUUUAGUAACAACAACAAAUAUAUUAUAAGUACAAAUAAAUCGAAAUAUUGCAAAAUUUUUGAUUUUAUAUAUAUGAAUAAUAAAAAGAAUACGAAAAAUAUGUUAACUUAUUUGACGAACUACAAAUCGUAUUACUUAAAUAGUACAAAAAAAAAUAAUGAAACAUCGAAAGAAGAGGUCCACAAUAGUAGUGAAAAUAGCAAUAGUAGUGGUAAUAAUAAUAAUAUGAAUGGUUAUAAUGAUAGUAGUAAUGGUAAUAAUAGUAGUAGUAAUUGUAAUAAUAGUGGUAGUAAUGGAAAUAACAAUAGGGGAGCAGUGUAUGAAGAUAAUUUUAUUAUGCAGAUGUACAAUGAUAAUUAUUUGCAACCAUGCCAUAUUAAAAAUUUAUAUGAAGAUGAAGACUUAGAGGAAAGAAUAAAAGAACUAAACGAGUUAAAUAAAAAAAUAGCAAAUGAUAAAAAGAAAGUUGUGAACAGCAGUAGUGGUGGUAUAAACGAAAAAAACUCUGAGUCGGAUUGUUCCUAUUCUAGCAGUGAUUCAAGUAAUUUUGAUGAAAAUGUUAUGAGAGCAAAUAUUUUUUAUGAACAUGUCAAUAAAAAGUUAGAACCUACAUGGUCCCUCUUCGUAGAUAAUAUGAAAUAUAUGAGCCUUAUACCAUAUGAAGUAAUGAGUGAAAGUUUAAAAAAAAAUUAUGAUUAUAUUAAAGCGCAUUAUAACAAUUUGCAUAGUCAAAGUUAUGAUAACUGUAAUAAUGAAAAUUCGGAAAAACAAAAGGAACAAUUAAAAAUAGAUGAAAAGAAACAUAAGUUUUACUACGAAUUAUCAGAUAUUAUACAUAAUGAAGCAGAUAUCCCAAAAUUUUAUUCCUGUGUAGCAGGUGAUAAAUGUAUUAUACCUUCAAUUGAUACCUAUGCACAUGUAUAUGAUAUAUAUACCGGUUUUCAUGUUAAUACCAUAAAUAAUCUUUAUUUACCAAAUUAUAAUAUUGAUCAUUCUUAUUUGUAUUCAUGCAACAUAAAUAUGGAAAUUCCAAAAAAAAAAUUUAUAUCCUUUUUAACAAGUGUUGAUACAUAUCCAAAGAACCAAAAUAUUAUUGCGACUUCAAAUGGUUAUCCGGAUGGUUCUAUUGUCAUAUGGGUGUUUGCUCCCUUUUAA